AUGUCUUUCCAAGUAUUCAAUCAGAUCUCUGCACCACAAGACCAUGUGUACAAGUUAGUGCAACUUCCACCGGAUCUAGUAGCGUACAUGAAAGACUCUCCUCAAAAACCGCUUCAUUUCAAGUCGCCUGCGUCCUCAAAUAAUCAUCUAGUGCUCUGCACUGAUGACUCCACUUACACUGUCCGACAAGUGAACCACUCCAAUACUGUUUUGUUGGUUAACGAUAUGUCAGUUAAUAAGUACGGUAAGAAGAUGGUUGGGUUGAACGAAAACUCGACUUCUCCGGAUUCCAAGAACACCUUACUCGCCAUAGGUCUGUCGACUUAUCAGUAUCAACUCACUUCUACUCCUGGUUACAUUGACUCGAAAGAUAUCCCUAUUUACGACGGAAGAUCGAAGGUUGACGUCUUUAAAACAGUCGAUCAGGUCCGCAAUGACUCGCCAAUUGCCGUUUCAGCAUUCUUUCCCGCUUGGUACCGCAUUAGAGGGUGUGACAUCAAUGGUCUGGCAGUAAUCCUCGCCCCAGAAUUCGUCACUGAGGUUCUUCAUACGCUAAUUUCCAUUCUCAUUGCUCAAAAGUUGGAUAAUUUUACUUUACAAGAUAUUGAAGAAAGAGCAAAGGACCAAAAUUCUAAUUAUACCAAGGAUAUCUUGGUGACAGUCACUGAAAACUUCUGUGAGAGGAAAGAUGGGAUGCUUCAAUUGCAAAAACCAGCCAUUGCGCAAUGGUUUGGAAUUGAAACUUUGAAAUCAUGUCUGCAAGCCCUUCCUGAUAAGGAGUUACUUCUCAAAUGGAAAUCGAGUCUUCCUCCAUUCUUCAAUGUUCUGUUGGAUCUUUCACUGUUGCAUGGCUACUAUUGUCGUCCUACUGUGGGAAAGAUACGGUAUCUUCCGCGGGACUCGCUUGCUGGAGACAUCCAGACGAGAGUUAAGGAGAUGUUUCUGAUUGUAAAAGAGUGGGACUUCGAUGAAUUUCUUCCGUAUGUGACUGAAUUCAUCCCAUCUACCAAAAAGCCUGAUGCUGUGAUCUUAAAGUUUGCUCGCAAGAAGAGAGUUGGAAAAAAAUUUGUUGUCUGUCCGAGGUAA